CCACGCCGUGUGCAGCCCAGUGGGAAGAGACAGACAACGCAGCCUUGCCCGACUCUGGAUGCAAACCGCACCCGGGGUCAAGCGGCAGCAACCGGAGGAGAGGAAGGGGGCUGAUGAAUUAGGGGGAGUCUCUCGGCUCCACUCCUGCGUGGGGGGAAGUGGGAGGGGCAGAGGGCACAGGGGGUCUCCCAGGAGGGAGAGGAACCGGGGGAGUGAGAGACGAGCGGGACCCGGCUGUGCCUCUGGCUAUAAAUCUUGGGGGUCCGAGCCGCAAAGGGAUACCAGCGCGUGACAGCCGCGGCCAAUUACCCAGGGGACAGGCGGGCCGGCGGCGGGCUGCUCCUAGCAGAGCGGGGAAGACCCGGAGGAGCCUGGCUCGCCCAGGGCUGAGCGGCUCGCCCGGCUAGAUGCUGCACAGCUCGAGACAGCGCGCAGAGAGCGCGGGCGGGACCUCCCGGCUUGGCCAUUGCGCCGCCCGCUCACCACGCGGCGUGCGCACCAGCCUGUAAGUUCCUGCUGCCUCAUAAAGUUCAUAUUGUGCCUGAAACCAACCUGCAGCAGAAAAGAUCAAGAUGAGCCUUAAUUCAUCUACUGAAGAGACUGUUAAAAGAAUCCAUGUUGACUGCCCCGUUUCAGGAAGGCAUGGCUAUAUAUACAUUAUGGUUCCAACUGUUUACAGCAUCAUCUUUAUUGUAGGCAUAUUUGGGAACAGCUUGGUGGUCAUUGUCAUUUGCUUCUACAUGAAAUUAAAGACUGUGGCUAGCAUCUUUCUGUUGAAUUUAGCCCUGGCUGACUUGUGUUUCCUAAUGACUUUGCCACUGUGGGCAGCCUACACAGCCAUGGAAUACCACUGGCCUUUUGGCAACUGUUUAUGUAAAAUAGCAUCAGCUGUGGUAAGUUUCAACCUGUAUGCCAGUGUGUUUCUACUCACAUGUCUUAGCAUUGACCGUUACCUGGCUAUAGUACAUCCAAUGAAGUCCCGACUUCGGCGCACCAUGCUUGUUGCCAAAAUAACUUGCAUCGGCAUCUGGCUGCUAGCAGGACUGGCUAGUUUGCCUGUCUUAAUUCACCGUGAUGUAUUUUUUGUUGAGAAUAUGAAUAUGACAAUUUGUGCUUUUCGGUACAAGACCCAUAAUACAACACUGCCUGUUGGACUAGGUUUAUCUAAGAACAUGUUGGGUUUUUUAAUUCCCUUUUUGAUAAUUUUAACAAGCUACACCUUAAUCUGGAAGACGCUGAAGAAGGCUUACCAAAUUCAGAAAAACAAGACCAGAAAUGAUGAGAUUUUUAAGAUGAUUGUGGCAAUAGUACUUUUCUUCUUCUUUUCCUGGAUUCCUCAUCAAGUGUUUACCUUUCUGGAUGUAUUAAUCCAGCUACGUAUCAUAACAGAUUGCCAAAUUGUUGAUGUUGUGGAUACCGCUAUGCCCUUCACCAUCUGCAUAGCUUACUUCAACAACUGCUUGAAUCCCUUUCUUUAUGGUUUUUUUGGAAAAAAGUUUAAAAAAUAUUUCCUGCAGCUACUAAAAUACAUUCCACCAAAUGUCAGAGCACAUCCAAGGCUAACAACAAAAAUGAGCUCCCUUUCCUAUCGACCAUCAGAAAACUUAAGUUUAUCCAUGAAAAAGACUAUUGGGUCUUUUGACAUUGAGUGAUGUCUUUCGUGCUAUAUGCUUGUAGAACAACCUUGUAUAUGAAAUAGCAAGAGUGUCAAAGUUCACCCAUAGUCCUGACCAUCACAGCUUAUUGCACAUUACUUAAAUGAUCUACUAGAUAUCAUCUUUGGAAGAUUUAGCAGUGGCCUUUUAUGUUGUCAAGAGGACUGUUUGUUAUUUUUAUUUGAAGCAACCCAAGAAGGUGGCAGUUGGGAGUCUUUUAGCAUCCUGCCUCAGAGCUCAGAACUUUGGAAGAAGCGUACAUGAUGCUCCUGGAAAGAUCUCAGAACUUAGGUUAAGGCAUGAUCAUUUAUGAAUUAUAUGAACUCUGCAGAAUUUGCUUUCAACAUACAUAAGCAAUUCUAAACUAACCAUUUGAAAUUGUUAUACAAAGUGUUACCAGAGUCAAACAGAAUGUUUGUUUUCUUUCACAUUAUAUUUGGUGGGGAUGGUGGAGAACAGAGUUAUGUCUGAAAUAUGAAAAAUAUCCAUUUUUCCUUGAUACAAAUAUCACGUCUCAUUACAUUUAUAAUAUGGUGAAAAUAGAUAUAUGCAGGUCUCAUUCCCAUCUCAGAUUGAGAUUUAAGGACUUCAAGACUGUGUUCACAUAUCUUUUUGCUAUUAUUCAUUUUAAACAUGGCAAAAGUUUAUAUAUGAAAUAAAAUGCAGUUUUAUUUAUUAAAUAUAUAUUUUUUUAUAAAUCUAUGUUUCUAUUAGUUAUAUUCCAUACAAGGAAACAUUACUUUGUACAUACACAUUUUUAUCACUAUGUUAAAUGUAGGGUGGGUAUUUUUAUGGCCAUAGUUUAUAUAUUAACCAGUCUUACUUUCACUUGACCAUGCAUAUCCCCUAUUGACUUCAGUGGGAUUACUCACGGAAUAAAAUUUUACUUUAUAUGAGUAAGAGAAUCAGAAUCUGCCCCAUAUUAGCAAAAUAUGGACAUCCUGUGAUAGAGAUCGUUAGCAAGCUACAAAGGAUCAGCCAAAAUUAUUUUCAUAGAAUAAUUACAGCACUAAAUGAAAAAUAAAACACAUUAAUUCAAUCCACUCAGAACUUCCAAACUCCUAAAAAUGUUCCAUUUUCUUCAGUAUUUCUGGACACUCAAAACUCCACAAAGCAAAAAUGUAAUAAUACUUAUUGGGUCAAAUUCUGCUCUCAAUCAUAGAAAUGAAAAUGUAUGACUAAACUUUGCUCUCAACUUCUAUAUUUAACCAAAAGUAAUUAUGAGCAGAAUUUGAUCAUGAAGGAUAUCCUGAAGGAUAUGGAAUUAUUCCCCUAUUUACACCUGAAUAACUGAGAGCAAAAUCUGGCCCAAUAAAAAAAAAUAUUUGCAGUCAAAUUCUUGCCAAUAAACCUCUAACUUUUAAAAUAAUUUUCUCACUAUAAAAGAUAUUUAAGCACUGGAAAAGGUUACCUAAAGAGAUUACAGAAUGCCAGUCACUGAAGAUUUUUAAGAACAGGUUAGAUAAACCGUUGUCAGGGAUAGUCUAGGUAUACUUAAUCCUGUCUCAGUGAGGGAGAUGGAUUAAAUGUCCUCUGGAGGUCUCUUCCAGCCCUACAUUUCUAAGAUUCUAGAAUUCUAAAUGAGAACAGUGACACCUCUUUGAGGAAACCUAAACUAAUGAUAUAAUCGUAUUUUCUUACCUCCUUUUUAAUUCACCUAAUAACUUUCCAGAAAACUUUGUUCAAUUCUAAUUCAAAAUUGUCUAAUCUCUCCAAAAGCAAAUCAUCCGUUUAUAAAAUAGUCUGGCAGAGAAAGAUAAAAAUUUCAGAAAAAGUUCCUGAUAAUUUCAGAUGAAUGGUAUAAAGAAAUACAUAACAGUGAGAUUAUUAUCCUAAAUGUAGUAUUUUCACAAAUUAGAGAUGACACAUUUAACUAGUUUUUGAGUCUGAUUGUGAGUUAUUCAGAAGUUAGGAUUAUCCCUAACUUCUGAAUAUAGAUAGAUAUUAUACACAGAGAAAUAUUAUUCCAGGAUUUAUUUUCACUGUGGAAAAUGAAAGGCACCAUUAUCGUUAUUAUAUUGAUUUUAAUAUUAAAAGUAUAGCUCAGAAUUAGACAAUGAAAUAUAUGUAAAUGAUAAUUACCUAAAUAAACUUUCUACUUAUGUAUUUAAUACCUUACAUUUAGGCUAAAUCUGCUCUCAGAUAUGUACAUGAUAUUCAGUUAAAACCAAUGCGAGAUAUGUACCUGAAGGCAAAAUUUGGUUCAUUAUACUUUGAAUAGUAUCCAAAGUAGUUGCAUUGCAUUAAAUACAAAAUAAGUUGAACCAGGAGUAUUUUAUAUAUAUAUAUAUGCAUUGAUAUUUAGGGCCUCAUCUACCAGAGAGCAUCCAUCUUUCCCAUUUGCAGGUUGGCUGGCUGUGAAUGCUAUCUGGUGGACCAGGCCUUUUAUGUAUGUUGGAUACUCAUAUAUCAGCUUAAGAUGAGAGAGGAUCUCCCUGUCUUCUCAUGCAUCUGAAAGCCAAUUCAUCUUCCCAUCUGGGGUAUGAGUUCCAUAGGAGUAACCACCUCACAGGCUCGCGAGUUUUAUUUUUUAAAUUAUCUGGAGGAAAAAACAAUUGUCUAACAGCAGAAAAUGAACAGGGAGGUGCACUGGUCAGUGGUUUUGAUCAUUCUGGCCUCAGGGAAGCUUGUGGCUUAGUAACAAGUGCAGGAAAACUACUGCUCGGGGUUCUAAGCCUGUACAAAUCCUGGAGGAAAUAAGAGAGAUGUGUACUUGGUGUGUGACUAGGGGAGAGGUAGAGAAGGGGUGCACGUGGUGUGUUUUUAAAGAACAGCCAACCCCAUAUUGGUAAUUAGAGGGAAUGGGGGAUUAAUCUUUUGCUAAAUAAUUCUUUAGUCAUGGCUUUUAUUGGAGGAGAGGAAGAGAAUAGGUGCUAAAUGUGUGUGGUUCCUAGUCUAGCAUUUUUGCAAAAACAAAUUAACAGAUGGUGGAUAAGAAACCCAAAUACUACAGAUUAAAAUUAAGAAAUCUUUAAAAAAAAAAAAAAGGAAGACCAAGCUUCCAAGUGUGCAGCCUCCAGGGACCCUAGGUGGAGGCAGCACUGCUAACUCUUUUAAAACACAGUCAGACGAGUGGGAAGGACAAUAUGUGCAGUUCCCAGGCCCUCCGCAAAGCCACCAAAUUGACAUUUAAGGGCAGGCUCAUCCCUGGUGCUAGUGCUAUGGGCUGUUGCAGCAGCACAGAAGUGUUCUUGCUUCUGUGCCUCAGACCUCCUAACCUGCCCUGGAAUGCUCUCCACCGGCCAAGUCUUGGUCUCUUGCACACAGUCUGCCUGAACCGGCUAUGUGUAAGGGGGAGAGCCAAGAGGGGGGGAAGAGAGACAGUUUACUGCCACAGUUCAGCUCUUUCCUAUGGUCAGAAGGAAGGAGUAAGAUUUGGCUCCUUAGACACUUCGGAUGACUCCCAUUCACUUCAAUGGGCCUUUAAUCAGGCACAUAAUUUGCCCUCAAUAUAAAUACUAGUUAUAUAGGCCUAAGGAGAACAAACUCCUAAGGGCUUAAUAAAUACAGGGUUUAAUAAAUAUACUGUACACCUUGUCCAUAUGCACUGGAAGAAAGACAGGAGACACUAGAUGUGGUGUAAUUAGGCCACAACUUUAUUCUUAAAUGUCUGGGAGUACCCAGCAGAUAAAAGUGUACAGUGUAGGUAAUUCCAUAAUCAUUUCACUAUGUACCCAGGGGGCUUCCAUCAGCCCACCCCCUUACCCAUCCUGGUCCCCAGCCAGCUGGCUGCUGGGACCUCACCAAAAUGAGGGCUAGGGGGUGGCUAUAAAGGAGGGGCUCCAAACACUUCCUGUUUCUGCUCUCUUAAAUCCUUUACCAAUCCACUUUAUCUGAUCCCUGUAUCCAUUCCCUAAGGAGUACUGGCAAUGGACAUCCACCCAAUCAUGUAAGGAUGUGUGAUAUUAUAGCCUAACUCCCAUUUCAUGUUUGCCCCAACUAAGCCCCCUCAAACCCGCUGUGGGGAAGGUGGAAAAACCCCACUUCACCUUGGCCAAUCUGGCGGUGAAGGAAAAAUUUCUUCCCAGCACCCCAAGAAAGGAGCAAAUAACACAAUACCCACAGCAAAGCCUGACAAAAUCUGAGAUUUCACUACUUCCACAGAUAGGUGCUGCUCUGUCUGGUUCAGGUAAAAGAGGGCUUUUCCUGCACCAGCAUGGACCUUUAGAGUCCCCCCUGUUUUCUGGUAAACCUGGGGGGGAUGGAUCAACAUCCCCAUGCUGACCUGGUCAUCAGCUGCAGCAAAGUCAUUCCCUGGCUCUCUAGCCCUUACAGGGGCACACAUCUUUUCCAACAAGCCAGCCAAAGGUGCCCACAGCUUAAUGUGUGAGGAGGUCAUUAUAAUGUGACUAUUUUAAAAUAGAUGCAUUUAUAGAUCACCUUUCAUCCUGAGACGGGCCAAAGCACUUUACCAACUAUGAAUCUGUCUCUAUACUUUCCUCUGUUAGUAUGGGCAACUCCUGCAGAUGUUAAUGGGGUCUCUAGCUGUGAAUCAAGGACAGUGUACAGCCCUAAAUACAGGAAUUGCUUCACCCACUCCUGUCACUUCACACAUAUAUGCUGUUGCCAUGUUUGAAUGAAUAUUUUGUAUUUCCUUUCUGCUGGCAGAAUCAUGUUUAAGCAAUGGUAUACCUGAGAUGUGCAUUAUAUUUAUUUCUAUUUAUUGUGUAAUAGUACUUUAUACAACUCAUGUUUCAUACUGAACAUCCUCCUAGCUUGUACUUUUUGUUCUGAUGCUUCAUCAUAUACGUGCACACUUACUGGGCUAAAUUCCCAUGAAGACAAUAGAGUUAUAUCAGGGAUGAAUCUGGCGCAUUAUCUUAAUGAUUUCUGUUUUACAGUGUUCAUCAAGAUACUGCAGAGUGAUUAUGCCAAAAGGCUUUUCUGAUUUUCCAGAAUUAUCAUUUUGUUAAGAUUCUCAUCAUGUACUUGAAAUUCUGGCAGCAUCAGUGGCUGUGUAUGUGACUCCCAGGUUUUUCUCUUUUCCUUGUGUAGCUCCAGUAAUGAUUCGUCUCUCAUCUAAUGUGACUUCCUGUCGAAAUAUACUGUAUAUUACAAUUGUACAUGCUGAUGUUCCCCAAGAUAAGUUUUGCAAAGGAAAGAGGGCCAAAUGUCAGAAACACUGAAAAAAAAAAACCCUACAAAGUGGGAGGUUUCUUAUAUUGAAAAUUUUCAUCAUUUGAGUUUGUAGAAAGUUGUUUUUAGUAUGUGAUGUUAUAACACUAAACAUAAAAUCUGUUCGUUGUGUUAGUAAUAGCUAGAAAAAGUUUUGAAAGGCAUAUCUUUGAAAACAGCAUAACCGGAUCCAGCUAUACAAUAUCUAUCUAUCCUCAUCAAGCCAUUGUUAUCCCACUGCAAGGCCAAGGUCUCCUCAACGCUGUUCCUCUACAUCAUGCUGAAGGGCUUGGCAAAAACCCCGUGACACCUGAGGGUGCAAGCUGACGAGGCUGUGUUAUCAAUCAUCAAGUCUGUUUCCCCAGCAGCCUUGCUACCAAGGCUGAACUAGCACAUUGCUAAUCCCAAUGGCAAGAGUUGUCAGGCUCAUUGCCAUUGACUGACGCCUUAGGUCCAAGCCAUGUGUAUACACUCAUUCCGAUCAUUUUGGGGGGGAUAACAUGAAUUAAAAGCAGUGUAGCAGUGAGUAAUGAUAACUGUAGUGGCUAGUAUGGUGUCCUAUAACUUUAAAUAUAUGUUUAAAAAAACUAAGCAACAAGAUUUAAAUGUAGAAUGUUUUCUGCAGUGUUUUUGCGGAGAUAAUUUGUAAAAUGGUGAAUGUUAACUGUUUGUUGCUUUAUUAGAAAUAAUUUUAAACUUCAUGAGCCUUCUUGUGUAACUAUAUUACUCUUGUAUGGGAUGAGUUACUUCUGUUGUCUUUAUUAUGAACAUUAAUGCCUGGGUCAUCAUUUAAUAGAUAAUGUUUUUCAUAGGGGCAGCUUUCCUGUUAUGUUGGCCAGUUGGGAGUGACAGUUAAAAUGUUUCCAUUUUAUUACAAAUGCUCAAGAAGUAUUAGAGUUAUGAUGAAAAGCUGAAAACUAGAGAAAGUGGCAAAUAUAAUGGCAGUUUGAAUGAAAUGUUAGCUCUGGUCCUCAAUCACUACCAGUCAUACCAAAGUUCUCAUAAUUAAUACUAUACUGCGUUCAUUUGUGCUCCAGGGAGGGUCUGAUCCAAUUCCCUUUGAAAUAAAUGCAAAGACUCCGUGUGACUUCACUGUAAAUUGGAUCAGGCACCAGACUCCAUGGAGUGUUUAUUUGCAGAAAGAAUGCAGGAUUGGGCCCAAAGACAGUGCUCAGAACUUCUAGGCUGAAAUCAAAUGGCACAACUCCCAUCCAUGUUUUGAACUCUAAAAACCAUGCAAAUCCUUAGCUGUGCUCACCCUGUAGGCAUAGCCUUGUAGAGCUUUCCACACUGUAUAAAACAGGAGGAGGAUUAUAGUAGAUCUGGGCCUGUACAUUUUUAUUUAACUUGCUUAGUCUCCAUGUACUUUCAUUAUCCCUAUUAUUAUUUGUAUUGUGGUAAUGCCCAGAGGCCCGUCAGGAUCAGGGCCCAUUUUAAUAGGAGGCAUACAAACACAUGAGAAGACAAAAUCCCUGCCUAUAGGAGCUUACAGUCUAACUGGCGGAGAAUACUGGCAAUAGCUAGAAACCAACUGAAUAAAGAUUAUUUAUUUCUGACAAAAGUGCAAAAAUUUCAAAAUCAUUUUCAUCCCACAAGUUUUAAAAAAGAGCAAUUUUUCCAUUUAUUCUACAUUUUAAAUCCAAAAAUUGUAACAAAAUAUUUCAGAUUGGUCCUUCUGCCCCUUUUUCUCCCUUUGCCACUGAAAAAGGGGAAAAACAGAAUACUGUAAAGGUUUUAAUUUGGUGCUUUCUUGGGGUGGGGGGGACAAUGUUUCCCAUGCACACAAAAAGUUUCCCCAAAAUUUUCAUAAAAACAGACUUUUUAAUAUAAAAACUCUCACACAAUAAAUAAACUAAAAAAAUCUUUGGGCCAGAACAUUUGGGAUGGAUCUAUUAGUGGCUAGUUGCCACUGCUUGGCAGCUCUUUCAUAAAAAGAAGUUGCCUUUUUUCCCUUAAGAAUCCAAUAGAGCAGUGGUUUUCAACCUGUGGUCUGGGGACCCUAAUGGGGGUCCCCAGACUACAUCUAAGGGUCCAUAAAAGGGGGACUAUGAAAAUAAAAAAUUUCAGAGCCCAGAAAAGGCAUUCUGUUUUUCCAAUCAAUCAAAAGCAUGUGAAUAUCCCCAUCCACAGGUCAAAACCCGGAAGUGUUGUCAUUACCAUAGGGUACAAAACUGUGGGCUUCUUUCUCAUGCUGCAUCCAAUGCUGUACUGAGCAUGUGCAACAUUUAUCGUUUAAUUCUGUUCUGUCAGUUUUCAGAAAUUGUUCAGGGCUCCACAAAUGAAAAAAAAGGUUGAAAACCACUGCAGGAGAUCAUUCUAUAGCCACGAAAAGCUAUAAUAUACUGCAAUGUGUAUUAGCUAUGCGUAAAUAACCUGAGAUCACAUAUUCCUUAGUUCAUUACACAAAAGAUAUACACCUACUAUAUAUAAAAUAUAUACAUAGAAAAAACAAAUCAAAGCCGAAGAUGAGUCUAUAUAUUUAUUUUUGUAACUUUGAAUGUAAUUUUUCACUGUGAAAAAUAAUCAGGUAAGCCAACAAUGUUUAAACACACCCCCAUCCCCUCACUGUGUACACUGUAUGACCACCAAGAAAGAAUGUAAACGACCUGCAGUGUACCCUUCAGUGAUAUGGUAUAAACAAAUUUUAUUAUGUGUACAUUUUAGACAAUAAAAUAUAUUAAUUUUGAAACUUUUUAAA